CCGGAUCGUCGUCUCUGAUCGCGGACGAGCGACUCUCGAAAAAUAACUGAAGCGAGCAAAGCGUCUCGCUUCAUGGUGAUCCACCAUCGUUCUCUCGUUGCACAACACAACAUCUCCCAUCCGCCAACAUCCUCAAAAUUCUCUUCACCGAUCCGCAAGCUCUCGCAAUAUCGUAGAAACUCUCGUCGACUCGUUCGUUGGCCGAUCGUUUAAUACCGUUCGUCCGACGACUCUUCUCUCAGCUGUCCAGCUUCGCACCGUUAACGAUAUGAACACGGAUGUUCUCCACGACAAAACGUCCAAGUACGAGAAACUAGCGAAACCGAAGAAGAGGAUCGACAGAAACGUGAACCACAAUGCCUUCAACGUGAAACCCGGCGCCCUGUCCUAUCAGAUCACCGACAGUUUGAACAAACUGGCUCAUCCGAAGAAGAGGCAAGAGCCGAACGAGUCUGUCGCGCCGGAUACGUCGAACAAAACUGCUCCCGCAGCCACAGACGAACAACGCUGUUCGCGCAACCGCUGCGUGACCGAUUCUCUUGAUUUUCCAGUGAAAUAUGGGACGCACAGGCUGAUAAACAGCGACGAGCAGUCGAAGGAUGCGCAGGAAACCAAGAAGAAGAAAUUUCUGAUAGACACCUACGCCAGGAUCGUCGCAGCGAGGAACAAACGGACCUCGAAACGCUUGCAGGAACUUGCCAAGCCGAAGAAUUAUUCUCCUCGGUUCGCGCCCUGCGACGAGUUCGACGAUUACUUGCAGAACAUGAACAAGAGUAACAUGAAAGCUGCCGCUCCGCGACCGUCGAGAUAAAUACGAUUAUAAUGUAACCGAUACGAAACGAUGACAAUACAAAAGCAUAUUUAAAGUU